UGUAAACACAAACAAUCGGCAUUAUUGGCAGGUAGCCCUGUCCCGUGUCGCAUUUACCUCCAGUCAGUGAUAGCAGUGUUGUUUCUCUUAUUUGCGAAUCUUGGUGAUGUCCUUACGGCCCAAUGAUGCGGUGACUCAAGCUGACCCAGUCCCAGUGGAAACCGAUCCGAUUAGCAGUAUCGAUGAGCUGUACCGCAGCAUUCAGCGGGAGAUUCAGUGCUACCGACGGGAACACAACACGAUUAGGGCGGAUUUGAGACGAUUAAUUCAAAACAAUCAAGCGUUCGACGGUUCCGACGAGGAGAGUGGUGCCAAAUGUGGGGCACAUUUUGAUCCGGAGCAGUACAGCAGAAUAUCGAAUGAAGUGAUAGCUAAUCUGAAGAACCAAUUGGAGAUUACUUUGCAAGAAAAGAAAACAUUGGAAAGCCUCUGGAAGAGCUCUCAGAAGACCAUCCAAAUUCUCGAGCUGGAAAUAGGCGAGUACCGGCGGCAGUUGCGGCAACCCGGUGACAACCGGAUCCAAAAUCUGAAACAGCAGUACACGGCGGCUCUGCAGCUGUUGGAGCAGAAUUUGAUUUCGCUCCGGACGAAGCUCGCCGAACGGACGGAGGAAAACAAACGCCUGCAGGUAGCCAGCGCCGCGGAACAGGAGCGAUUGCGCACCGUCGAGCGGGAUUUUUCCGCCCUGCAAUCCGAGCACCAAACCCUGCAGGCCAAGGUGGAGGAGCGGAGCUCGACCGAAUCGCGACUCAACACCAAUUUGGAGCAAGCCAUGCGGGAGAAAGCCGAACUUGAGGAGCUUCUGGAUCAGGCCAAUGCUUUGGCGCGGCAGCACAUGAGCCGGGAGAAUCAGGCUCUAAUCAAAGUGCAGGAAGCCUUGCAGAUUGCCGAUACGGCCAUCGAGGAGAAAAACUCGCUGACAGCUCGCGAACGGGGUGUGCGGGAGGAGUGCGAUUUUCUCGCUUCCACCAUCGGGCAAGUGAUGGAGCAGGCGGCCCGGAAGGUGGAACAGGAAAUGAAUGCCCUCCGGGUGGGCUACGAAGAUAGGAUUAACGCCUUGGAGCGGCAGCUGGAGCAGUUGAAAGAUUCAGUCGAGCAGCAGCGGGAUAAAACCCGCCAGUCUGAAAGCCGAGCACGGUCCCUGGAGGACAAGUUCAAGGGUUUGAUUGUGACGAAUCAAAAUCUUGAUGCAGACCUCCACGCUGCCUCGAAGUUGAUUAUUGAAAUGGAAUUGAAAUUGGAAGCUUUCCAGAAGACGAUGACGAAGGAACGCGAAAUCAGCAAAGUCAGCCAAGCCCGGGAACUGGAGCUGAACCAACUGCUGCAGACGAACGAACAGCUCAAGGAUCGCUGGAAGAGCGAAAUGCUGACGUUGACCGAUGGAUUGCACCGGAAGCUGGAAGCUCUCCGGCGGGAAAAUUGCAUGCUCAAGGCGGAAAACAAUCAAUUAAAGGAUCAGCUACUGGCGGUGGGGCCGGCGGCAUCUCCGGCACCAGCAUCGACGACGACGGGGAUGCUGGUGGGUGCAGCUGGGUCCGAUCCAACCGAGUUUGUAUUGAGGACAACCAAGCUGCCACCAUCACUACUGGUGCCACCGACUUCUGCCGGUGGUGAUGGAGUCGAUUGAACCAAACGGAAUUGCAUCAUCAUCGUCAGCUAGAGUUUCCAUUUCCCGGCCAUUUUCGUUGUCCCGGGAUUCGGGAUGAUUUUGUUCGUAUAUCCCGGGAAAUCCCGGGAUCCCGGGAUUUUUCGAUGUUUCCUUAGAAAACUUAUUUUUUGAUUUUAAAACGAUUUUUUUCAAUGUUCAGGGGUAAAGUUCAUAUUUUAGAAAGGCCAGAUAAUACAGAUUUCAAAUUGGAACUCAAUUCAAUUCUAAUUUGAAUUGAUUCUUUCGAAAUAAAAAACGACUUCAAGAAGCAAAUAAAAUUCACGUUUUUCUCGGAAGGUAGAUUACCUUUUCGGAAUAUAUGAUCGCCGAGUCCGAGAAGAAGUGUUCACUGGCGGUUGAAGUCGGCUUGACUGUUUGCAUUGUUUUGAAUAUGCAUUGGGUUUAGAUAGUUGCUGGGAUUGCAUUCAAUACCCCAUUCAAUGACGAAAGAUGGAAGAUGCGCAGUAGAAUCGUAC